CCCUGCUCGCUCACUCGCUCGUCCCCGGCUUCCGAGCACAGCAUGGCGGUCAAGGUACAGACAACUAGGCGAGGUGAUCCUCAUGAGUUAAGAAACAUAUUCCUACAGUAUGCCAGUACUGAGGUCGAUGGAGAACAUUAUAUGACCCCUGAAGACUUUGUCCAGCGCUAUCUUGGACUAUAUAAUGAUCCAAAUAGCAACCCGAAGAUUGUGCAGCUCUUGGCAGGAGUCGCUGAUCAAACCAAGGAUGGGUUGAUCUCCUAUCAAGAGUUUUUGGCAUUUGAAUCUGUUUUAUGUGCUCCAGAUUCCAUGUUCAUAGUGGCUUUCCAAUUGUUUGACAAGAGUGGAAAUGGAGAGGUGACAUUUGAAAAUGUCAAAGAAAUUUUUGGACAGACUAUUAUUCAUCAUCAUAUCCCUUUUAACUGGGACUGUGAAUUUAUCCGCUUACAUUUUGGGCACAAUCGGAAGAAGCAUCUUAACUACACAGAAUUCACACAGUUUCUCCAGGAGCUACAAUUAGAACAUGCAAGACAAGCCUUUGCACUGAAAGACAAAAGCAAAAGUGGCAUGAUUUCUGGUCUGGAUUUCAGUGACAUAAUGGUUACCAUUCGGUCUCACAUGCUUACUCCUUUUGUGGAGGAGAACUUAGUUUCAGCAGCUGGAGGAAGUAUCUCACACCAGGUUAGCUUCUCCUACUUCAAUGCAUUUAACUCCUUACUGAAUAACAUGGAGCUUGUUCGUAAGAUAUAUAGCACUCUAGCUGGCACAAGGAAAGAUGUUGAAGUCACAAAGGAGGAAUUUGCCCAGAGUGCUAUACGCUAUGGACAAGUCACCCCACUAGAAAUAGAUAUUCUAUACCAGCUCGCAGACUUGUAUAAUGCUACAGGCCGCUUGACUUUGGCAGAUAUUGAGAGAAUAGCUCCAUUGGCCGAGGGGGCCUUACCUUACAACUUGGCAGAACUUCAGAGACAGCAAUCUCAUGGUGUAGGCAGGCCUGUCUGGCUCCAGAUUGCCGAGUCUGCUUAUAGAUUCACUCUGGGCUCGGUUGCUGGAGCUGUGGGAGCCACUGCAGUAUAUCCUAUAGAUCUGGUGAAGACUCGCAUGCAAAACCAGCGUGGCACUGGCUCUGUUGUGGGGGAGCUGAUGUACAAAAACAGCUUUGACUGUUUUAAGAAAGUCUUGCGUUAUGAGGGCUUCUUUGGACUCUACCGGGGUCUGAUUCCACAACUUAUAGGGGUUGCUCCAGAAAAGGCCAUUAAACUGACUGUUAAUGAUUUUGUACGGGACAAAUUUACGCGAAGAGAUGGCUCCAUUCCACUUUUUGCAGAAAUCCUUGCUGGAGGUUGUGCUGGCGGCUCUCAGGUCAUCUUUACUAACCCACUGGAGAUAGUAAAGAUUCGCCUUCAGGUAGCUGGAGAGAUCACCACAGGGCCCAGGGUCAGCGCCCUGAAUGUGCUGCGGGACUUGGGACUUUUUGGUCUGUACAAGGGUGCCAAAGCGUGUUUCCUCCGAGACAUUCCCUUCUCUGCAAUCUAUUUUCCUGUUUAUGCUCAUUGCAAACUACUUCUGGCUGAUGAAAAUGGACGUGUGGGAGGUUUAAAUCUCCUUACAGCUGGAGCCAUGGCAGGUGUGCCUGCUGCAUCUCUGGUGACCCCUGCUGACGUCAUCAAGACAAGACUGCAAGUGGCCGCACGCGCUGGACAGACUACAUACAAUGGUGUCAUUGACUGUUUCAGGAAGAUACUCCGAGAAGAAGGGCCCUCAGCAUUCUGGAAAGGGACUGCAGCUCGUGUGUUUCGUUCCUCUCCCCAGUUUGGUGUUACUUUGGUCACCUAUGAACUUCUUCAGCGGUGGUUUUAUCUUGAUUUUGGAGGCCUCAAACCCUCUGGCUCAGAACCAACACCUAAGUCACGCAUUGCUGAUCUUCCUCCUGCCAAUCCCGAUCACAUUGGUGGAUACAGACUUGCCACAGCCACUUUUGCGGGCAUUGAAAACAAGUUUGGCCUUUAUCUCCCCAAAUUUAAAUCUCCUAGUGUUGCUGUGGUACAGCCAAAUGUGGCUGCAGCAGCAGCUCAAUGAUGAGACGACCAUUUAGUGUGGCAAAAUGGCGCCCUGAAGAGGCUAGGAAAGCAGUCCUGUAAUGUGUCCAGUCAGCUGCAUGGUGCUGACUGAGCUGAGGAGUCAAACUAUUCUUUCUAUAUGACAUAUACAUAUAUUUGUUUAUAAAGUAAUUGUUUGCCCAGGAAAAAAAAAACACAACGCAGUUUCAAGCUUUAGUCUUACGUGUUGAAAUGUUUUCUAAGCCUUGGCAUGAAUUAGUGUUCUAGACUGCUUUGCACAGCUUGCACUUAUAGUGACUGUACAUAUUGUACAUCUUUGUACAGAAACAUCUUGGCACCUCAUCCCAACAAAUCACAUUUAUAGAAUGUAAUGCGGUUCUGAGUGGCUUGAAAUGUACAGAAUGUUUUGAAAGUGUUUUAUUAAGAAUCACAUAAAAUAAAUGUAUUAAAAUUAAAUUCAUUCUCUUAUUGGUGACUUAUGGAAAUAAAGCAUCAAUAUUGGAUGUAUUUAAUUCCUAGCUUGUUUUCCAUUCUGGAAUAAAAAAGGUAUUUGCUGACAAGAAGCAUAAUGAGACCUAGUACUGACACCACUGAAUAAGAGAUCCUUUGGGAAAAAAUGCAUGCCAGUGGAUGCCAGAGCACCAGGCUAAUGACUUGCGUGUGCUGAUGUGUUUCCAUUUGUAUUUAACGUGUAUAGAUCCUCCUCUGUUCAUCAAUCAAAAGGCAUUUCCUAGACAACCCUUCUUUUGUCAGUGUGUAUAUGGAAACAGGAACUUCUGCCUCUAGAAUUACUGGCUUAGUUUUGCUUUCUUCUGACUCGGCAAGGCAAUGGCCCCCCUUUCAAAAGAGUAAAGGAUACUUUGGCAAUUUUCAUUCAUGGCUAUGAUUCCAAUCAAAAAUAAAAUACACACCAAAAUGUAUGCAUGUAGUUGGAUUUUCCUUCGUAAUUAUACUGAUAGUACUUUUCAUUUUUACUCACUACCAAUUCCAAAUAACUCAUGAUCAGCUUUCCCACUUUGACAUGAAAUUGUUUGGUUUGGAAGGACUAUCAUGGAACCAGGGGAGGGAAGAAGAAAGAAAAAGCUCUACCAUGUGAUUUAGUGGGAUCUAGAUUCUUCCUUGUGAAUCUAAAUACAAACUACUUAUUCUAAAAGUCACUUGUCAAGGAUAUGAUUACUAAUUUGGAUCUAAACAUGCAUCUUGACAGCCACAUCUACACUUUGCUAUGGUUGUGAUUUGAUGUGUAGCAUCAGAAUUUAUUUACUUUAGCAAAGUGCUUUGGGAAAACAUUACUGCUAUUGCCUAUGAGCCAGAAUAUGAGAAUGUAUGCAAAUAUUUUCAGGAGCAAGCCUACAGAUGGACCAAGUCACUUAGUAUCCUAUACAGCAUUCAUCAGUUGAUGGCUGACUGCCCAUAACACAACUAGAGGCCCUCCAGGAACAAAAGAAUUAGCUUUGAAAGCAAGUUAUUUCCAAAUGUAUUAGGUUGUUCUCAUUGGAAUGGAAUAAAUAGCAAUCCAGUUGUUUUGUUAUUACCACCUGUUAAAAAUACACAAGUAGUUCAUGGAUAUGUUCUUACAAAAGACUCAUAGAACAUAUAUGUAUAUAGACUAAGAUGUGAAAGUGUCCUUUUUACCCAGCUUCUCCCUUCAACACCCUGUGUGCCAGAGGCAAUCACUGCUAACAGGUUAAACUAUAAAUUUGUUAUCUUUUCCACAAUUUCUCUAUAUAAAUAUAUGUACAUAUUUAUAUUUUAAA